ACCGAAAAAAAAAAAAUCAAAUUUAUCAUGCAAUUUUAUAUGUUCCUUUCUUUGUGCUUAAGUUUAUUUCAAUAUGCAUAGUGAAAUGUUUGAAAUAUCCAAAUUGACUCCCUGACCAUCUCUGGCUUCAUCUAAAUCUACUUAUUUAUUGGUGUAGCCAACAUUACUGCAUACUUGAACAAAACUUUAAACGUGUAACUUUUGUUACAAUUAAAAGAUUUGGAACCAUCUAGUCUACAAACCUAUUGUAGUGAAUUUUACAUUGAAAUUUCAGUUUAAAAGAAUAUUAAAUUUCUGCAAAAUGUUGAUUAUAUGUGUGAUCUCUUGAAAUGCUUUUUCCCCCCCCCAAUAACUUUUUCACAAAAUCUCUGCUUUUAAACAGAAGUGUGUAGAUUCCUGCGUUCCACUGAAUGUGUUCCUUCGUUUUAAGUGCAAUGAAUCUGCUUCCUCUUUGGUAUUUUAAGAAACAUUAUAUACGGAAUAUUUGCGUGGUUGAGCUUAAGAGACAUUAAAAGUCAGAAUGGGAAAAUGCAUCUUUGCUUGGUUAAGCUUGUUGUAAAUGUCAACCGGAGUCGCAUCAAGUUUUACCAGUAAAAUAUAUUUUUUUAAAUGUCAGUAGUUCAUAAAAGCAAAACACACACAAGUAACUUCAAUAUGUGAUUUACGGUAGCUUCAGCUGCUCGGUGACCUUCUUUUACAGUUAUUACGGUAAAGCACCGCCGCAGUCAUGCACUGAUGUUUAUUCCUGACUGGGCUUCGCUGCACAGCGGCUCUGCACUGAUUUCACCUCCUUAACUGGAGCCUGAAAUAGCCGUCCUCUCCUUCCAGCUGCACUUCCUGAAUGAAAUCUUGCCAAGUCAGGAAAGAAAAUAGUGAAUAAAGGGGCCUCCAGGUUCUGAUUCUGGUUCGGAUCAAGGGUUUUUAAUCAAUUACCUGGCUUGUUGAAUCCACAGAAGUCUGGGUUCAUGCCGGAUUUUGAGCAUUUCAGAUUUUCCUACUCGAGAAUGAAUCCUGUCCUGGGGGAGAGCGGCUUCCUGGCUCCGCAGCAGCAUCACUACAUGAUGGGCCAGGCGGAUGCAGCCAUCCCGGAGCCAGGCUACAUCCUGGGGGACAGCGGUGGAUUCGGGCCGGAUGGCUUGUCAGGGUUGGACCUGGGUGUCCUGCCGCCGUCGUCGGGUCUGGCCUACUACCACCGGGCGCCCCCUGCGGCCACGGCCCUGCGCAACGACCUGGGCUCCAAUAUCAGCGUGCUAAAGACUCUGAACCUGCGAUUCCGCUGUUUUUUGGCCAAAGUGCACGAACUGGAGCGCAGGAAUAAAGUGUUGGAGAAGCAGCUGCAGCAGGCCGUGGAGAACAGCAGCGGCGGAGAGGGGCUUCAUAAGCCCUUGACCAAAGACACGGGGGUCCAGACUGGAUUUAUCGGACCAAUUCCGUCCAGACCGAACUACAUCCCGCUCCAUAAUGUCAGUAAUUCGGCCUACCUGCCAGGCGGCCUCCUCUCUCCCACCCUGAACCCCCCUCCGCUCCUUUCAAACCACCUGAACACAGAUUCAAACUUCAACCUCACCUCACUGGGUUUCCCCCUCGGUGCCGCUCCGAGUCCGAACGACGCGACCAAAACCUUGAGCAACAUCAACGAAAAGCACGCCGCCAGCAACAGCCUGCCUCCACCGCCGCGCUUCCUCCCCGGAACCAUCUGGUCCUUCAACCACACCCGCCGCUUCGGCAUCGGCAGGGAGUCGUGCGUCACGGGGCCCGGGGUCUCCUGGACGCACCCUGACGGCAUCGGGGUCCAGAUCGACACCAUCACACCUGAGAUCAGAGCUCUGUACAACGUGCUGGCCAAGGUGAAGAGGGAACGGGACGAGUACAAGAGGAGAUGGGAGGAAGAGUAUGCAGCCAGAAUGGAUCUGCAGGAGAGGGUGGCUGAGCUUGAGGAGGACCUGCAGGAGAGUGAAGUGUGCCAGGAUGAGCUGGCUCUCAGGGUGAAGCAGCUCAAGGCAGAGCUUGUUCUUUUCAAAGGACUUGUUAGCAAUGACCUGUCUGAUCUGGAGAGCAAAAUUCAAGAAAAGGCCAUGAAGGUGGACAUGGACAUCUGCCGGCGCAUCGACAUCACGGCUCGCCUGUGUGACGUCGCCCAGCAGAGGAACUGCGAAGACGUCAUCCCCAUCUUCCAGGUACCCACUCCUCCAUCCGCUACUGGCCGCCGCACCAGGAAGCCCAGUGGGCAGUCACAGAAGAGCGGCGACGGAGACGAACUGAGCGUGUCGGAGAGCGAGGGGGGAGGGGCCAGAGACGAGGAGUCCAGCAGCACGUCGGCCAGUCUGAUAAACGAGCAGAUGCAGAAGAUGCUGAAUCACCUGAGGGAGUGUGAGUUUGAAGAUGACUGCGACAGUCUGGCCUGGGAGGAGACGGAUGAGACGCUUCUGCUGUGGGAAGAUUUUUCUGGAUACACACUGGGAGUUGAAACACAGGGAGAGCAGGACGAGUCGAUUGAGAAAGUGAUUAAAGACACGGAGUCCAUGUUCAAAUCCAGAGACAAAGAAUAUCAGGACACAAUUGACCAAAUAGAGCUGGAACUGGCCACAGCUAAGAGCGACAUGAACCGACACCUGCACGAGUACAUGGAGAUGUGCUCCAUGAAGAGAGGGCUGGACGUCCAGAUGGAGACCUGCAGGAGACUCAUCACACAGAGCGGAGACAGAAGAUCCACCCCGCUCAUCAUACCAACAGCUGAUGACUCUGAAAAGGAGGAGAAGAAUAAUCCGACUCUACCUGCUAACUCUGAGAGCAGCAAUCCCUUUUGCAACAUAAAUGCUGGAAUCCCACCGAUGAACUGGAGAAAACCCUGACACUCAAUCCCAUUCUGCUAAUUCUUCCUCUAGUGUUUUAGGACAACUGACAUAAAGAAAACACAUUUUCCCCACAUUCUAGGAUUUUUGUUGAGAUUUCUAAAGUUUUAAAAGUAAAACAACAUAUCUGGGAUUUCUAAAAACAGCCUACAAACACUGAGUUCUUUUAACCCCAUAGCCAGAAAAAUCAGCCAAAGGACAACAAAAGCUGACAGUUCUGUUUUCUGUCUAAAGCAAAAAGAAAAUUUCUCCACCGUCUUUCAGAAGCGACUGAGUCAUGUUCACCAUCAUAGGGAGAAAAGACAUCCACUGGUCUGUAAACUGCUGCCCUCAUGUGGUGACUUACUAUAAUUACAUUAAAAAAUGCUGCAAAGUGACAAAUGAAGGUGAAUCUGUAAGACGUUAGGGAUGCGCAUUAUUUUGCACAAUAAUAUGAUUAUUUAGUGUGGGAGCCUGUUAUUUGCACAGUCUGUAAAAAAGCUUUUUAGCACCAGUAUUAAACAGAAGGGUAAUAAGGCACAGAAGAAUGUAGUUAGCACAUGUCACUUACAUAUGAAAAAAAAAAAUUCUAUUUAUAUUUAUUUUUAGGUUAAAAUAAUUUAUUAUUGCAGAUUACUGCCCAGAUCUCUCUUGAGAUUGAGAUAUGGAUCUCAAUAGGGUUUUGCGUGGUUAAAUAAAGGAAUAAAAAAAAAAAGAAAUUUAAAAUAUCCAUGUGGGAUUUCUGGAAAUUUCCAUAAAGCAGUAAAUACAGUUAAAAACACAAAUUUAAAUUUCUUCAGCAUCAGUGAAAGAUUAUGGUAGCUAUUAAUGAAGACACAGUGAAUUAAAAGCUUGAGGGUUGGUUGUAUAUGUACAGCCUUGAUCAAAACUAAAUAUCUGGGUGUUUUUAAACCAAACUUUGGUCUGAGGCUGAACUGACUCUGAGCAAAUUCAAUUAGCUCUGAUUCUGGGAUUAUAAAGGAAUAUUUAGGUUGUACUGUCCCAAACCACUCAUUGCAGGUUUGACUCUUAGCACUUUUUGUUGUUGUUGUUGUUUUUGCAGGGUUGUUAUACAAAUGUAGCGAAAUUGUGUUGGCUAAACCGAUGCAUCUUAAAAAUCUGUAAUGAAAUUAAAGAAAAAAAUAUCACAUUGCAAAAAAAAAAUCACUUUUCAUGUUAAUAAAAAGAAAAUCUUUUAAAAUUGGAUAUAAUUUGCUAUUUAGUCAAACAUUUCUUACAAAAAAUUAGACCGUGCUCUGCAGUGACAUUAUUUUAAGUUUUUACUUUUUAAUUUGAUAUAUUUUUAUUCAGUUGUUUAACCCCAAGUUUUUAUACUUGAAAAGCAAUUACCUAUAGCUUGAUGGUUUAUAAUGCUAAUUUGUUAUAAUGA